AUGGAGCUUAUAUGUGUGUUUGUUUGUCCUUGGGCAUGUCGAAUGGAGUUGUUACUGAUACAAAAUUGGUUGGUACCUAUUCAACAUGUUUGGCCUCAGCAUGAACAGUCACUGUUCAGCCACUGUCCUCAACUCUUCAAGACAACAGUUGCUCUCCUCUUACCAGAUGUUACUUCUCAGUUAUUACAGUGCAGCUGGACCAUUUUGCUCAGCUGGAAUGCUGCGACUAUUGUUCCAAUGAAAUGCAUGCCAACUGACAAAACUUCAAUCAAGGUAGUGAUGACAAGGGCUAAUGUUGUUAUCAUUCUAACUAUUGCAAUCAACGUGGUUGUCACCCAUCUCACCAAAAGCCCCACCAAAAGGAACCCAAUUGUCAAUGAGGGUUGGGUGACGACUAGUGAAAAGGCUGGUAGAGAAAAGAAGUAA